ACUAAAUGUAAGUCAUGACAGGCCUGUCAUGGACAGUAUUUGACACUCUUCAUCAGUACCUGGUACAGUUUGUUAAGUCACAGAAAACAUCCAAGAUGUCAACACAAGACCAGCUCUUUAUUACUCUGGUGAAACUGCGGCAGAACCCCUCAACCGAUAUGAUGUGUGGAAUAUUUGACCUGGCACAUAGCACUUUCCUGGAUGUAUUCUCCCGAUGGUUGGAUUUGAUGUACGCCAACAUUUCUUUUUUGAUUAAAUGGCCUGAUGGAGAGUGUAUCAGAAGCACAGUACCAGCAGAGGUUCUCUUCCAGUACCCUAGAGUGACUGCAAUUAUCGACUGCUUUGAGAUCAGAAUUGAACACUCAAAGAAGCUGAAAACAAGAGCUAUCACCUACUCAAAAUACAAAAACUGGACAACAGUGAAGUAUUUCAUUGCAUGUCACCCAUCUGGCUCAAUCACAUAUCUCUCCAAAGGCUGGGGAGGGAGGGCUUCAGAUGUGCAUAUUGUAAGGAACUCAGACUUCUUAUCUCAGAAGUUCCACCAUGCAGGAGAUCAGAUUUUAGCCGACAGGGGCUUCACUUUGAAGGAUGACUUUGCUGUUCUGGGUGCACAGCUCAUCACACCGUCUUUCACGAGGGGCCGAAAACAACUGUCAGCCGAAGAUGUUGCAAAUUCUCGUGUGACUUCGAACAUCAGAAUUCACAUUGGUAAGUAUAGAGUCAGCAGUCAGAUUCAUACAGUAUGUACAUUUUAAUGUUUUUGGUAUUCAGAGUGUGCUGCAUCAUCAAAUCACUGUUGCUACUUGCCGCU